CCUUAAUUGUAAACAAUCAUAGUUGUCUAAUGAUGCUUGUUUUUAGUUGUAAUGUCAUUCGGUGAAGUUUAUUUUUAUUUUUUGGAUCAUGUGGAAGUGCCAUAAAUGUGGAAAACCCGUGUACUUUGCUGAACGGAAGCAGUCACUGGGAUAUGACUGGCAUCCAGAGUGCCUGAGAUGUGAAGAAUGUGGCAAGCGUUUAAAUCCGGGUCAGCAUGCUGAGCAUAAAGGAGUACCAUACUGCCAUGUGCCCUGUUAUGGAGCUUUAUUUGGACCACAACUGUUUGGGCAUGGAACUCGUGUGGAAUCUCAUACAAGUUUUGGAAAGGUAGAGAAUCGAUCUGGUGGACCAAAUCUACCCAGGUCACACAUAGAAUCCAAAUUGAAAAUAUUUAAUCAGUUUUAUGAUGGAAAAAGUGGUGAAAUAAGAAGUAGAGAGGUAAAUGGUCGACUUGUUUUAGAAGGUGCCCUGCGAAUACAUUGGGGAGUGUUAGGAAUGAUUCAUCUCAAGGAAGAUGAUGAUCAGCGCACUGUUGUAACUAUAAGGAAACGUAAUUCUUGCCGAAGUGAUGGUUUUAAUGGAGUUGAUUUUGAGGUGGACUUUGAAAGUUUUGAUGAUGAUAUUUACAAUCAUUUGGCUGAUGUGACAGAUGAGAACAAAGAACAAGAAACAUCUUGUGAUGAACUGUCGUCCCCUGACAGUAGUAAUGCAAAUCAUGAAUUAAAGCAUGGUGCUCAAACUUUACCACCAAAACUUGAUGUCAAACAAAUUGAUUGGGAUGAGCUUGAUGACCUCCUGCAGGUGGAGAGGAAAAGAGAUGAGUCUGAGAAGAUAUAUCAAACAAUGCCAGUCAGUCUCCCAAGUGUUUCUACGCAGUCAAGUGUAGACUUCUCAGAUGAAACAACACAUGGGAACACAUUCUCUACACAGUCCAGUGUUGACACAGUUGACAGCUUCACUAGUGAAGAAACUGGAUCCGCAACAGAUUCCGCAGGUGUAGACAGCACAGCUGCUACUCGUGGCAGCAACAGCAGCCAUACUAACAGUGGUGAUGGAGAUGCAAAUGGAGAUCGAUCCAGUUUAGAUAAGAUACCAGCAGACCUUGCAAGUCUGGAUAAGUUUCCUAGCCUUGAAAAAAAUCUGAACAGGUCUAUGAGUGGUCCAGACUGUCUGGAAAGACAUUGGGAUCAGGGAUGUAAACUGGAUGCAACCACACCAGUGAUUCCUGAAGCAAAUAAUGAUGAUGUUUUUAGCAGUUCAGGUGGAGACGCUAAAAAUCAGAGUGAAAGUACCCCUGAUGUUGUCUUAAGAAGAGCAGUUAAAACAGGAUCAACAGCAAUCCGGCGCCGUCCGGGAAUGCGGUCCCGCACUAAAUUGAAGAGAAGGUGCUCAAUUAAUGGCCACUUCUACAACCGAGAAACAAGCUUUUUCACUCCACCUCAUGGCAGCCAAAUGAGUGUCUGGGUCACAUCUCUUGUUAAUACACAGGAAGUUAUUAAUUUGUUACUCGAGAAAUACAAAGUGGACAGCAAGCCAAGUAAUUUUGCACUCUUUGUAGUCAGAGAUAAUGGUGAAAGGCGACGUUUGCGUGAAGAUGAAUACCCUUUGUUGGUACGAGUUAUGUUGGGUCCCCAUGAAGAUGUUGCAAAGCUAUUUUUAAUGGAUAAACAGAAUACAGAAGAAAUCAGCAAUGAAGUGGCUCAGUUUUUAAAUCUCAGCAUUACAGAAUGCCGUGCUAUUCUUAUGCGUUAUCAGGAAGAGGAAGAACGAGAAACAAAACGCAUCAAAGCUAAAUAUCGGGAGAUGCGUAGACGAAUAAGGCAAAGAAUGGAUGAUCUUAAGGUAAGGUUAUGAUAUUUUGAUUUUUCUUUCUUGGUUUGGACUGGGUGGAUAGCAGCUGUGAGGAAGAUCUGCACAUAUACUCCACUUCGCUGCAAGUUUAUUUUUUCUGUGUAAAUUGUUGUUAAAAAGUCAGCAAUAUAGUAGAACUAAAAGAAGAAAUGUACUGUUAGGUGUGCUUGGUCUGAAAUAAGUGCUAUCUGCAAGCUGAACACUGUGUUAGUUUUGAGUGGCUUGUAACUUCAGUAGAAAAUUUGUGAAACCUCUCUGCAACAGAAAGCAAUUUCAGCAUAUAGUGUCAUGUUUCCACAGUGCAAUAGUUUUGGCUCUGGAAGCUGUUCUGUGUGGUGUAUUACUGAUUACAAUAAGUUUGUAUUAGUGUCUGAAGUAACUUGAUGAGGUCUGAUUGUUAUUUUCUGAUAGAUCUGCAUGUCUGAAGUGUUAUGUAAGUAUUAUUAUGAGAUAUUGAUUAAUUACUUGUAAUGCUUUAUGUAACUUGCAUUUGAAGCUGGAUUUAUAUGUAAGGCAGCAUUCUACUCAGUUCUGCAUAUAAGGAGCAAAUGUUUAUGAAUUAACUAAUGUAACAUAACUAAUACCAUCUGAGAAGAAAAAAAAAGUAACAUUGCUCUGGCAGUUUUAGUUUUAUGGGCACAUGAGUAUUGCUGUAACUGUUUUCUUUGGUUGGUGUCAUCUGUGAAGAAAUGGGUAAAAGGCACCAUUUUCAUGUACAGAAACAUUAUUUCACUCCCAGAUCUGUGAUGUAAGUGAAUUAAUUACCUUACAUCCUUCAUUUAGUUGUGUUGUACUACCAAAAAUGUUUGAUGGACACAAAGCAAUCAGGAGAUUAUUUGCCCUUUGCAUGAAGUUAAAUUUCUCAUGAUGUGAGGGAAGGAGGUGAGAGUUGUUGGACUCAUAAAUUGUUAGAUACACACACUCCUCAGAAAGUCCACAGCUCAUGGUCUAGUGGCGAGCGGUGCUGCCUCUGGAUCACGGGGUCUUGGGUCUGAUUCCCAGCCGGGUGGGGGGUUUUCCCUGCCCAGGGACUGGGUGUUUGUGUUGUCCUCAUCAUUUCAGUUGGGACUUUGUACGGAUGUUGAUGACUGCGUAGUUGAGUGCCCUACAAACAAAACAUCGUUGUCAUCAUCAUCAUCAUCAUCAUCAACUCCUCAGAAAAUAAUUAUAUAUCACUGCACAGUAUACAGUGUUUUUCAGUUCACCCCCCCCCCCCCUUUCCCUCUCUUCCCAGAAGUCACUAUAUGCCUUGUUCUUUCAUCAAGUAAGUCUUGGCAUUAGGAUGCUCCUUGUAACACAGAACAUUUGAAAAUAUUUUCAGCAGUACGAGUCUUACAUUUUUCAAACACUUUUUGUGAAACACUACCUCAUAAUUAAAUGCAGAUGCUUUCAUUUAUAAAUGAGAUUUUGCUUUUAGCAUGAACACUUGCAGCACAACAAGGAUUGCACUAACAAUGGAGUAUGUUUUCCUACUUCAGAGCCAACUGAAAUUAUGUAGCUAGUUAACCUAUGACUGUGUAAAUGGUGUUUUGUGAGAUAUAUGGCGGAGAACAUUUGGAGGAACUGCAGUUUAUUAUUUCUUAAGUGUCUCCUUUACAAACAAGAAAUAAAGACCUGCAAGAUUUAAUGAUUAAUAGCGAAAAUCUUACAUACUCUGCAUCGCAUGUUAGUACUAAAAUCACUUUGUUUAUGUGUCAGUUACUACCUUUGUAUUUUGCUUGUGUCUGGUCAUGAUGCCACAUUCUGUUUUUUUAGUGCUUAUUUAUUUUCUUAUACACUUCUUAUUUUCUUACACUAUUGAAACUAACAAGAAGUUCUUAACACAGUUUGUUAUGGAUGAGAGUACAGGAUACAUACACUCAUAAAAUGGAUCUUUUUCACUGUUUCUAUGCAGAGUUAAUCAUGGAAUUAGUGCUGUUUGGUCAUUUUGUCACAUGUCUUAUUUGUAUGUCACAAAUCUAUUUAUUUGUAGUGUAAGAUGAAUAAAAACAUGAAGGAUUUAAGAUAUGGUUUUAGGUAAAGACUGUUCUGAGCAUUGUGCUGACAAAUUUUGGUCUCAAGUAAUAAUGAGGGAAAUGUGUUACAAUAUUCAAAAAAGUUGCCCAAAUAGCUAUCUUUGCUUUCAUAUACAUUUGUAUCCAUACCAGAAAAACAUGUGUUUGUCAACAGAGAUGAUGCAGGAAUUUUUGUAUUUGAAAAAGACAUUUUUAUAUUUUCUUUUUUAAUUUUAUUCAUUGUAAUGACUGGGCAAAAGGAUUAUCAGACCUAGAGCAUUACUUUGAUAAAUUUACGUGAUUAAACCUUUUUAGUUUUUUUUAGUACUGUACCAUAUUGUGUGCAGAUAACACUACAUGUUUCAUCUAACUGUUGUGCUGAUGAUUGCUCACGUUGCCAGGGGUUGUAUGUUCUUGCUACCCUGUGAGAUGUUCAUGUGCAGCAAUCAGAUCAGACCACAUUUCCAACAAGUUUUUCACCAUAUUAACAAGAAAUAGUUUAUCAGGGCUCCAAAAGGGUUUUCAUGGUUUAAUCUACCAUGGAUAACUACUGGAAAGAAGUUUGGCAAAAAUACUCUUUUUGUGAUGAAUCAUUAACUGAAAUUUUACGUCAUAGAAUAUGAGAUAAUCACACUUUAUAUUUCAAUAUAAACUGCACAGUCAUCUUUGCCCAAGACUUCUAUAGAAGGUGUGUUUCUUGGUACAUUAAUAUUUCACAUGCAAAUAAAUUUAUUACAUGACUGGAAACCGACUAGACUGCUGCUGAAUAGUUUUUAACUUUAUGGAUUUAGAAUUGCACAAUAUUUUGAAUCUUUUUCAGUACUAGUGGAAAUAUACUCAAAUUUAUGUUGGAGGCUAUGUGAAAGAAAAAGAAAUAUUAUUUGAGACAAUAUUACAUUUUCUUAUGAAGAAAUACUAAUUGAAAAUUGGUUAAUAACAUCAUUAAUAUUGUCAUUAAUUUCAUUCAAAAGCCUCUAUUUAUUGCAAGUUAGUCUUUUUUAUAUGUAGUACAAUGUUUUAUAUUGUAUGGUCAAAGAUGAAACUGCAGAUCUCACUGUCAUGGGAACUGUCAAUUCAGCUUUUUUGUAUUUUGGGACAGUAAUUCCAGUCAUCUAGUAGUGUAUAGUUACAAGUCUGUAAGACUUAGCUGAAAUACUUAGUUCCUUUCAUAUAAUCAUAAGUAAUAAUUAUUUGCAUACAUUUUUGAGCUGUUUGUGCAUUAUCUGUUUUUGAGAUAUAUACGGUAUUCAUAUGUUAUUGUUAUGUUAGGGGCAUGUUUUAGACAGGCCAUUUGUUAAUACUCUGGGCUGUUUGUUAAAAACUCCUGCAGCCAUCAGAAGAAAUAAACAUUUUUGUGUAUCUCUUUUUGUUUCAAAUGGUGCUGUGUGUGUAUAUGUCGAGAUAGUUAACUCUCCUUUUCUUUUUUCAAAGUAAAACUUUUCGAUGUGUAAUAAGAUACCAGAAAGUCCUGAGUGUAAUGCAAAGAAUGGAAGGGGUAAAUGUAACCACUCACUGUAUAUUGGAGACUGUGAGCAGUUGAGUUGCAAGGCACACUUGCAGAGAGAGUUGCCUGAGCACUGGAUUUUUACAUCUAUUUGUGUGUGUGUCUGUGUGUGCACGCGCGCGCACGCGUGUGCGUGCGUGCGUGCGCGUGUGUGUGUGUCAGAGAAAGAGCAUCGUCUGGAAGCUUUCAAUUUUAUUUAUGUCUGCUGCUCAACACUUCAGCGACACAGUGAGUGGUUACUUUUAUUUUUAGAUGUACCAUUCACUUAUUUUCUUCCGAGAGAGAGAGAGAGAGAGAGAGGGAGAGAGAGAGAGAGAGUGCACGUGUUGUAAUAACAAUAAGAUAAUAGAUAAAAUUUGUAAAAGGACCAUUGUGUGUUACAAAUUAGAUGCUUGCAGAGGAUAAUGUAGAGUGUAAUGUGCAUAUAUGAAAGCAUCAUUUUACAGAAAUAUUUUAUUUCACUUAAUUUUUGAUACUGAAGCAUACAUGCUGUUGUUGUUUGAAGCAUUAAAUCAUUAAUGAUAAAAAAUUUGAAAAUAACUGAAAAGUCUAAGAUCUUGUUGAAACUUCAAAUUUUUGAUUGACCUGUUAUGGAUACUAACAUACAUCACAUAUAUUUUAGAGACUUGUAAUUUCACUUACAGUGAAAAUUUAAAUUUUUAUGUAAAACAGGGAUCUUUUGCAUUUACCUUGUCUUACAGCAUUUCAUGGGACAGUGAAAGAUUUUGGUGUAGAAACAGUGAUUGUGUUUUGUGUGUCACCAUACACUCCCCAUUACAGUUAAAUCAUUAUGUAUAUGGUUGAGAAGUACACACAUUGAAGUAUCACUUGUUACAGAACUGUAAUACUGCUGUUGAUAUAUAUGGGUGAAGAACUGUUAGUUCAAAAGAAUGAAAAAGAGUAAACUUGUUGAAAUUCAUGAAACAGUUUUUUAUGAUUGACAAAUUAAAGAAAAUAUGGAUAUUAAUUAAGCUUUAAUAUACAUUUAAAACAGAUUACUGUGAGAAGCAAAUUUUGCAUUUCAUUUAUAGAGCUAGAAGCGACGUAAUAAUAUUGUCAUACUUUUAAAUUUUCAGUGUAAGUGAAAACAGUUAUUUGUAAAUAUAUCUCAGACAGAAGAAGAAAUGUCUGGUUCAGAGCAACAUAAUACUAAAGUAAUUGCAUUCUGUACCUUGCAGUUAUGUUAACAUUUCUAAGAGCAUGUUAUCUGUUGAGUAACUGACUGAUGUAAUGACUUAAGUGUGAAUGAGAUGACUAUUUCUCAUCUGUUGUUUUGUGUGCUGGAUUGUACAGCAGCAGGAUCUGUUUGAAUUACAAUUGUGCUGCUUCACUUGUUUGUGAAAUCACACGAUUGCAUUUAGCAUAAAGGAACUGGAUAGUGUGUGCUGGAAUCAUGGACUGAAGUUGUUAAUUAUAUUAAUGUAGGAAUGAAGGAGUAUAAGAGUGUGUGCAUGAUUUGUAGCAUUUUACUGUUUUUGUUUUUGUAAGAGGUACAGUACUGAUUACUAACAAAUAUGCAGUACAACAAAUUCAGUACAUGGAAUUGAAUCUCUGUUUAAUCGUGCAAGUAUAUUAAGUGUAAUACCUUGCAUAUGAAGUUUACAUUGACAGCUGUCAUUUGUUUUGAAAUACAUGUGCUAUUGAAGGAAUAUUGUGGACUGUUAUUAGUGAGUAAUCAAUUUACAGCCUAUUGUGUUCCGUAGCAUAUGGAUUGUGCUUUUGUCUGUAGUAUUAGAAAACUGAGUGGUUGCAUAUAGAAUUCUUUGUGCUGUUACUUCAAUAAAUGUGUGUCAUAUUUUGAAUGAAAAUAUCUAAUCCAUUUAAUUUGUUCCCUUGGUUAGAUAUCUUACAACAUAGCCUGAUAAAAUGAAGAGAGAAGAGUUUUUUCCCCAGGGUCUUAUUUACAGAGGAUAAAGAACUUGUUUUUCUCCCUGUAAAAUUGUUUCAGUGGUAUUUACAUUUAUGUAAAAUGAAGCAAAGGCACCCACUCACCUAUAGCUCUGAUUGAUGUGUCGCACAUAGGAACAUACAACAGAAAACAGUAUUUUCACUAACUUUGGAGCUUUUGCUCUUUCUCUAAUGGAAGUACACUCAUUCACACACAGACCCAUGCAGACAUCCAAGCAUACACCCACCGCCAUUGCGAGACUGCGUGUUUCUAUGUACCACACAUCAAUCAGGUGAGUGAGUGGUUGUUUUUCCUUUAUUUUAAGUCCUAUUCCAUUCAGGAAUUUCCAUUGAAUUUUUGUUUUUGAUGUACAUAAUUGUAAACAAUUUCGUCUUUGUGAAUUAUGAAAGUAAUGUGCGUUAAUUAUUUCGUGUGGUAUUUACUAAGAUAUAGAUUGAUGUAUGUUGUAACCAAAUAUAUCUUGCAAUUAUCUGUUUUUCUUAUAAAUCAUCUGUCUGCCAUUCCAUUUCUAUGAUAGACUUUUCUGUAUGAAAGCAAAGCAAGAAUUGCACUGCCAGCCAAACUGCAGUUUUCUAAGAAAAAUGUAAUCAUUGUACAAAUCUGUUGAGUUACGUAUUAAAGAAGCAAUGUGCCCAUGACUGCAUAAAAACUUUACCUGCAUUUAAUUUAUCAGUGUACAUUUUUUGUAGUAUUAAUUUUGAUUUUGCAGUAAAGUUAACAGGAAGUAAUGUA